CUCCUCCCUCUCCCUCUCUCUCUGUAUCUCUCUAUCACCACUCUCUCUGCUCGGACCGGACGCACACGAUGGACUCGGACGGCACACAGAGCUCGGAUUCCCCACACGACCCCUGUAAAAUGUUCAUCGGCGGUUUGAGCUGGCAGACAACUCAAGAGGGUCUGAAGGAUUAUUUCUGUAAAUUCGGUGAAGUGAAGGAGAGCAUGGUGAUGCGAGAUCCGGUCACGAAGCGCUCCAGGGGCUUUGGGUUUGUCACGUUUGCCGAUCAGGCCGGUGUGGAUAAAGUUCUGGCUCAAACCCGACACGAGCUCGACUCUAAAACGAUCGAUCCGAAAGUGGCGUUCCCUCGUCGAGCUCAGCCGAAGCUGGUGACGAGAACGAAGAAGAUCUUUGUGGGAGGAUUAUCAGUGAACACCACCAUCGACGACGUAAAGCAGUACUUCGACCAGUUCGGGAAGGUGGAUGACGCCAUGUUAAUGUUCGAUAAAACCACCAACAGACACAGAGGUUUUGGCUUUGUGACGUUUGAGAACGAGGAUGUGGUGGAGAAGGUGUGUGAGAUCCACUUCCAUGAGAUCAACAAUAAGAUGGUGGAGUGUAAAAAGGCUCAGCCUAAGGAAGUGAUGUCACCGGCAGGGUCCUCCAGGGGCAGAGCGAGGGUCAUGCCCUACGGCAUGGACGCCUUCAUGCUGGGAAUCGGCAUGCUGGGUUAUCCAGGAUUUCAGGCAGCAACCUACACCGGCCGCAGUUAUGCCUCAAUCACUCCAGGAUACACGUACCAGUUCCCAGAAUUCCACUUAGAGAGGACCCCCCUCCUGACUUCACCCCACCCUCCCGAACUCACAGCUAUCCCUCUGACAGCGUAUAACCCCAUGGCAGCAGCGGCGGCUGCAGCAGCUGUGGUUAGAGGCUCCGCCCCCUCUCGCUCAGCUGGCUUUCUAAGCACCAGCAGUCCUGGACCAAUGGCAGAGCUUUAUGGAACAGCCAGUCAGGAAUCAACAGUGAGCAGUUACAUCAGCGCUGCAAGCCCCGCCCCCAGCACCGGCUUCAGUCACAGCCUCGGGGGUCCUCUGAUCGCUACAGCGUUCACUAACGGCUAUCACUGAGACUGCUGUUGAAUGGAUGAGCCAAUCACGCGCUUCCAUGGAAAAAAACUACACUAGUGUUUCCUGUGUUUCUCUUACAUCACUUCCUGUACUAACACUGUCUCUGUCUCACUCUUAACAGAAGGACAUGUAAAUAUUUUAUUUCUGGUACGAAGGAGAAGCUUUCUUGUUUUUUUAAAACGAUGCUUUUAUCUUUUAAAUAUUUUCAUUCUUCCUGUUGAUUUUGUCCCUUUUGUCCAACAUGAUGUUUAUUUUUGUUCCGUGUUUUUUCAAGACACUGUAGGUUUACAAUCGUAGCCUCACGUUUAAGACGUCGAAACAUUGACGGGAGCAAUAAUGUGUGUCCUGAGCAGGCAUGUGUCCAUGUUUAUUGUUUACAUCACAAUAAUUCCCAGGUAGCGGAAGACAUUUUAAUAACCAACUCACUUCUUUAUAAACCUUUAUAUCUUAAUGUCACUAAUAAUGACUCCAUCUGAAGAUCAUCUCACACGUCCUGUCAGGUGAGCUUUUGUUAGCCAGCUAGCUAGUAAUAACACUGAACAUUCCAAACGCUAAUAAAGUUCGCUCUGCCACACUAGCUACCAUUUCUAGCUAGCUAGCUGACAUUAGCAGAAAAUUAAGAACAUUUAUUAGUGUGUUUAAAGAUUUUUCCUCAAUAAUCCAGUCAGAUUAACUCAUGUUAACUAGCUAGCUAGCAUUAGCAGUGAAUUAGGUCAUCUUUUGUUAGCUGUAAGCUCACUUGCAUUAACAGCGAUUACUUGCUAGCUGUCAGUCACAUGAACUCACUUAACUAACUAACUAGCAUUAGCAGUGACUUUAGCAGUAUAUCUUAAAGUCUUGUCAAGUCACAUUUAUCUAUGGCUAGCUAACUAGCAUAAGACUAAGAAGGUUAAUAAUAUUAAUAUUAAUAAAAACUAUAAAGCUCAGAACUUCUGCCAGCAUAACUCAUGUUUGCAUGAGUUUAUCUUAAGAAACAAUCUAUUAAAUUAGGUUGUUUUUUAAUGUUAUGUUUGGUAGCUGGUUAAUUAGCGAGCACAAUCAGGAAAGAAACUAAAAAUUCCAUUCAGAACUUCUGUCAUGUUAGCUAGCUAGCCACUGUUAGCGGUGGAAGUUUAAAUGUUUGUAAGAAAUCCUGUUAAGUUAGCUGAUGUUAGCUAGCUUGUAUUAGCAGUUAGAAAUAUGGACCUUUAUACAUAUGGCUUCAAAAUUCUUCUCAGAAAUCCUGUGAGGUGAGCUGAAGUUAGCUAGAUUAGCAUCAGCAGUUAAAUUAGCAACUUCUUUGAAUGAGGCUUAUAAAAUUUAUUUUAAAAUGUGUCAAGUAAUCUUUUGGGUAACACGUUAGCUAGCUAGCAUUAGCUGUUACAAUAAUGUGACAUAAAACUACUGUCAGAUUGGAUCCUGUUAGCUAGCUUGCGAACAAUCCUGUAGAGCUCCUUAUACAGGCGUUACCAUGGUGAUGGCACAUGCCUCGUCCUGAACACUGUUUCAUUUCGUUUUUUAAAAGGAUACGAUGCAUUUUUUCAGAUGCUAAUUUUUCUACGGAAAAUAAAUAUUCGGAAGGAAUGUCGAAAAAAAUGUAUAUUUUUGGUAGUUUUGCAACUGGAUUUUAUGACAUUUGAUUGCGAUCAGAUGAACCGAGGACAUAUUUUUCAUGGAAUUUGAUCUCUUUUGUCUUGUAAAGAAUUUUAAACGCUGUCUUUUGGAUCUUAUUGAGAUCAAAAUUGAUUCACUGUGGAAAACAUCUGUGAUGUGUGUGUGUUUGUUUUUGUCAGUGUGUGUGCUUGUGUGUGUGUGUGUGUGUGUGUGUGUGUGUAACGUGAUUAAAAUCAUUGUACACUUAACACACACUAAGUUUUCUUAAAAUUAUGUUGAAGCUUUUUUGUAACUUCUUGUGUGUGUCGAGUGUGACAGGCUACUAAUAAUGCUGGAAGUGUGUGUGUUUGUGUGAGUGUGUGUGUGUGUGUGUGUGUGUUUGAUGAUGUGAUUUAUAAUGUGAAUGUAACGACUCUCACUGUAACACUAAACCUUGUCAUUAACAUCUCUGUGUUUUGAUGGCCGACUGUUCAAAACUCUUCCCUCUAAACACCAUUAAUAUGAAGUAACGUUGUGUUUUGGGGGAUUUUUGUUGUUUUUUUUGUUGGUUUUUUGAAGAACUGAUUUUGGUGACAUUAACUUCAGAUCUCUUCCAUCAUGUCUCCUGUCAAACUUCACUGUCAAA